AUCUCAGACGUGCAGCCUCAAAACGAAGGCCACUGACGUCCAUGUCGCUCGACCGUGUUGACAGAAAUACAACAAAGAGACGAGCUGCUUGUAGCGACAUGAUAAAUACCACGUUAAUUACCAAGUAAUUUACCUCACAUAUAUGGCAACAUAGGAAACUGACAUAAGUACAGGUGGCACAGGUGUGGGCACAACUGGAUGUCAACACAGAGGAAAGGACAUUUGAGAGUUAAACUGCAUCUGAAGACGUAAAAGUGCGAAUCGGCAGCCAGAAGACUACAAAGCGCUGUUUAGAUGCUGUAAAUAUUGCAGAAGUGUAGACACGAAAAGAAAGUUCUGGUCUAGAUCUUUCUGUAGUUCAGAUUGCCUUAGCAGACAAGUUCUUUUUUACACCUGUCCAGGUAUAAUUUUCUAUACUGUGUGCAAUAUUUAUUCACAUAAAUAUUUAUUUCUCUUCUUUUAGAAGAGCCCUUGUAAUAAAUCUUGUGUGGCAGCAUUGCUCUGAAUUAUUGAGCCUAAACUGUAUGUAGAAUUUAUAAAUAUCUGAUAAGAUUCUUUAGUGACACUUUUUAUUGAGGCCUUGUGGACACUGUGAAUGGUUCACUAGGUCUUAUUAGACCUUAGUAAGGCAUUAGAAAAGUGAAAAAGACAUGGCAAAGCUUUAGAAACUUUAAAAAAUGGCAACAAAGAUGGAGAACAUUGGGCCUGCUGUCAUAGGGUUAAACACACACAAUAGGCAUCUUAUUGGACAGCCUAAAGGCCCCUCUCAGUUAGGACCCCAAUCUGUGAGUUCUCAGCCUGGAAAGGAGCCCAUGGGGACCCAGAAACCAGCUAAUGCAUCUCAGGAAGGACCUGGAAUCAGGUUUGGUGAUGACUGGAAAAAAAGCCUACUGCUCCCGGCUAAGGACAAUAGAGUCAAAACUUCUGAUGUGACUGCAACCAAAGGGAAUGAGUUUGAGGACUACUGUCUAAAGAGAGAGCUGCUGAUGGGCAUUUUUGAGAUGGGCUGGGAAAAGCCCUCCCCCAUUCAGGAGGAGAGUAUUCCUAUUGCCCUUUCUGGCCGCGAUAUACUGGCUCGUGCCAAAAACGGGACCGGAAAGAGUGGUGCAUACCUUAUCCCCCUUCUGGAGAGAAUUGACAUAAAAAAGGAUCAUAUCCAGGCCAUUGUGAUAGUUCCCACUCGUGAACUGGCUCUGCAGGUCAGUCAGAUCAGUAUUCAGAUCAGCAAGCACCUGGGUGGUGUCAAGGUCAUGGCAACCACAGGUGGGACCAACCUACGAGAUGAUAUCAUGCGCCUGGAUGAGGAGGUUCAUGUUGUUAUAGCAACACCUGGCAGAAUCUUGGACUUGAUAAAAAAGGGCAUAGCCAAAGUGAAUAAAGUUCAGAUGAUGGUUAUGGAUGAGGCUGAUAAGCUGCUCUCUCAGGACUUUGUGGUUAUUAUUGAGGACAUCAUUGGUUUCCUUUCAAAGAACAGACAGAUUUUGCUCUAUUCAGCCACAUUCCCCAUCAGUGUACAGAAGUUCAUGGCAAAGCACCUGCAGAAGCCCUAUGAGAUUAAUCUGAUGGAGGAACUGACCCUAAAAGGCAUUACGCAGUACUAUGCUUACGUCACAGAAAGACAGAAAGUCCACUGCCUUAACACACUGUUCUCCAGGUUGCAGAUAAAUCAGUCCAUCAUCUUUUGUAACUCUACUCAGCGAGUGGAGCUUUUGGCCAAGAAGAUCACGCAGCUGGGCUGCUCCUGCUUUUACAUUCAUGCUAAGAUGAUGCAGGAAUACAGAAACCGUGUUUUCCACGACUUUAGAAAUGGGCUCUGCAGGAACCUUGUUUCCACCGAUUUAUUCACUAGAGGCAUCGACAUCCAGGCAGUAAAUGUGGUCAUCAACUUUGACUUCCCCAAGAAUGCAGAAACAUAUCUGCAUCGCAUCGGACGCUCAGGAAGGUUUGGACAUCUGGGUUUGGCAAUCAAUCUCAUUACAGCUGAGGAUCGUUUUAACCUGAAGACCAUUGAGGACCAACUGAUGACAGACAUAAAGCCCAUUCCCGGUAGCAUCGAUAAGAGCCUGUAUGUGGCAGAGUUUCACUCUGUGAACCCUGACUGUGAGGCAGAGGCAUCUCACCUUAGCGGAGGGUCUGAAGCCCAUUAGGAAGCACCAUUAGAGAGCAGGAUAGUUGGAGAAACUGAACCUGACUUUUGCACAAAUAUCUGCUUUUGCACAAUCCAGUUACUUCCCUGCUCAUAUCUUUCAUAUCAUAUCUUUUCCAGCUCCACAGUAUUUUUUUUUUCUUUUUUCAUACAUUGUUCAUUUUUAGGGGGGGGGGGGGGUUAUACCUCUUUAUAAAUGACCAGUUGAGACAUGCAAGAACUAAAACUAAACAUUCAGAGAAAGGUUCCUAUUUGAUAGAAAACAAUAAACAAAGGUAUUGGUGAACAUAGAGCAUAGCAUACUUGUAUCAUUAGUUGAGAAUUUACACACAAACCAUAGAACAAAACCUGUUUAACCCAAGUGCCUUAAUAUAUAUUAUCUCUGUCUUAGAUUAAAAUGUCAUUGGUAUGUUGAAGUAUUCCCAAAGACUUAACACAGGAUUUUGCAGCAUACUGGUGAUACUGGAUUCUGUGAAAGAAAAAUUGGUAUUGAUUUAUUGAUGAGAGAAGCAUUUUUCAGAUUCUGUUUAUAUUCCGUCUGAGGCAGCUAGAGAAACCAGCAUCCAUGGAAAUAUUGCAGAGCUCAGGAUUCAGGUGUGAACAUGAACCAUUGCACUAAACUGCCUGAGAAAAAAAACAUCUUCAUUAGUAGUGCGUUUUGUAGUUUCAUUAGUAGUCACAGGCAAAUGUAAAUUUGGAAUUCAUAAGGAAAUAUAGACAUAAAUUAUGGUUUCAAACAAAGACAAUUUUUUUUCUUUUUAAUAUAAUUCUGAAACUAUACUAUAUUAGACAUUCCUAACUUAAACAGGCAUGCCAAAACUGGCAUAAUGUGAGAGAUGUCGGACUACUACAUGAAAGCUGAUUUAAACAUUCACCACACUGCAGUCACAUGUAUGACCAGGUCCUCACAUUUAUAUGCACAACUAUGUCAGUUUGUCAAAAAGGUCUGUUUGGUUCCUUUUUUCCCUCAUUUAUUUAAAGGUUGGUGCGAAGUUUGGUCGAGGAUAGCGUCUUUUACAGUUUUCAUUUCUUUUGAUAUGAAUUAAUGUAUAAAG